GCCACUCUUAACUUUUGACAAGGAAUACGAUGGAAAUGGACUUAAAGCUUGAGGUGAUGGGGAGAGAAGUGAUCAAACCUGCUACACCCUCACCAAAUAAUCACAUUCAACUCUCUCUUCUCGAUUUUUCCGUUCCUGCAAUGUACGUGUCAACCAUCUUCAUCUACAAAUCUGAAGAACUAGUCAGCGCGUCGCCCGAGAUCAUCUCAAAGAAACUGAAAAGCUCUCUGUCUGAGACUCUCUCACGCUUCUAUCCACUCGCUGGAGAGAUAGAAGGCGUCUCUAUCAACUGCAACGACAAAGGAGCUGCCUACACCGAGGCACGCACCAAUCUCCUUCUCCCUGAGUUCUUGAAAACCCUCAACGUUGAAUCUCUAGAGGAACUCCGGCCAAAGAUCGCCGCCAGAGAUUCCCCAACGGUCUGGCCAUUGUUGAGUGUCAAUGUCACCUUCUUCGGGUCUGGUUCAGGAGUGGCUGUCUCGGUCUGUGUCUCUCACAGAAUCUGUGACGCUUCUUCAUUGCUUACCUUGGUAACAGAUUGGUCAGCCACCAUGGCAAACAAAAAGUCAAAUGUGAGCACUCAUCAGUUUGCUGAGGCCACCAUUUAUCCUCCUGCUCCUCCUCACAUGGCUCAACUACAGUCCCCAACAAUGAACUCAAAGAAGUGCAUAACGAACCGUUUCGUCUUUGAGUCCUCCAAGAUCGCUGAGCUCAAGCGCAAAGCCGCUAGCCCAAGCGUCACGAUGCCUACACGUGUGGAAGUUAUCACGUCAGUUAUAUGGAAAUGUGCUAGAAAUGCGUCGCAGUCUAACUUGGUCGCUCCAAGGUCAACGCUCAUGUUCCAAGCCGUGGACUUGCGGCUUAGGGUUCCUUCUAGUGUUUUGUCACCGGACGCUAUUGGUAACCUUCAGACAGCAUUCUUUCUCAAGAAAGACGCAGAGAGAAAACUUGAAAUAGACGAAAUCGUGACCGCAUUCAGGACGGCCAAAGAAGAAGUCAACAAGAUGUUAAAAGAUAAUGUCCAAAGCAAUACACUUGGUCAGGGUUUGUUGAACGUGAUGGGAAGUUUUGUGCCUGAGUACAAACCGGACAGAGACAUAUACACAAUGUCUAGCUGGUGCGGAAAGCCUUUCUACGAGGUUGACUUCGGGUGGGGUAGUCCGGUCUGGACAGGAUCAGCUUCACAUACCAUAUAUGAUAACACAGUGUUUAUUGUACUGAUGGACUCAAAGGAUGGUGAAGGUGUAGAAGCAUGGAUAAGCUUACCUGCUGAAGACAUGUUUGUGUUUGUUCAUGACCAAGAGUUGCUUGCUUAUGCAGUCCUAAAUCCCCCCGUCACAAUCUAAACAAAUAGCCAUAUCUUUUUAUUGUUUGGAGGAAAGGGUUAAAAAUAUCCAAUUCUUGAUUUAGUUUUUUUUUCUUCAACUGGCUUUUGUAUUUUGCUUGAAUAGAUUGAUAAUCAUUUUAGAUUUCAUGCUAUUUGAUGUGUUUACAACAAUGACUUGUAUGUGCUCGAUAUGGUUUACUUUAAUUUCUGUUGUUG